AUGAAAGGUAAGUUCAUGGAUGUGAGCCAGUCAGUGAGACGUGGCAAGCAUAGUACACCGACUGGGUUUUUGCACACCCUGACCACGAGUACCCGUCUGUACUCUUUCUCCUUGGACCGGGUGUUGACCGGUCGUGAGAUGCUGAGCCUUCAUUGCCAGCCGCGAGACCUGGUCAUUCCUGAAGGAGUCGCAGACAGCGACUUACGUGACUUGGCCGGAGAAGGGAUGGCUUUGCCAUGCCUUGCCAGUGUGGUGUGGUGCUUGUAUUUGACGAAGCAGCUGGACAAGGAGCCGAAAUUCAAGAACAAGUUCGGGAGGGCGUGCAGGCUGCGCCUUGGCGAGGAGGAGUCCACUGUGGACAUACCGCGGCCGAGCAAUGUGACGGACUUCGAAGAGACUGCACUGGAAGUGUUCGUUGAGCUUGGUGUUUUGACUGAGGGAGAGUAUGAAAAGUUGUCAGGCCACAUUUGUUCGAAUAUUUCGGGGCCCGUGCUCAGAGCAGAGAUGAUUGAGCUCCCAUCUCAGCUCGGAGUGCCCAAGAAGUUUUUCCUGAUCUCGUUGGAAGGGCUCGGGUGUGAUGUAGUGCAUGGCUUACGUCGGUGUAGAGUGAGUUGCCGAUUCGGCAUCCGGCAUGAGGAGUUGCUCCUCCAGGCUGCAAAGCAACUCAUCGAGGGGCAAGGCCAAGCUGUGUACAGCUUCCACACGUCAGAGCAGCUCGAGAAGAACCCGAAAGGUUUGACAAACGAUCAAGCUUUCAAUUCGAUCAAAACCCUGGAUUGCUUGAAGGAAAAGCUCCAGAAGGCAGUUAUUCAGAAGGCGGCUAAGCCCGAGGCCAACAAGCCUGAGUCCGAUGAUGAGCCUCCCGAGGGUUCCCGAAAAGUCCAGCCUGCUCAGUCCUCGCGAGUAGCACGUGGUGUGGCCAUUCAGCCGAAGCGCAGAUCGUCGGGCAAGAAGAAGGGUGAGAGAGAGGAUGUGUCCACCCUGGAGGAUCCGGACAACAUUCCGCCAGCCCUCCAGCCGGUCACAGCUGCUUUAAAGACAGUGCCCAAGUGCUUUGCCAGUUGCGACCCAGUCCGUUUGCUCAACGGCGAGCGCCUGAUGCGAUCCGUGGAUGCAGCAGCUCGGCGGUAG